AUCUAUUGGGAAGAAUAUGAUUUUCUGCUGGAGAUAGUAAAAGUUUGUUGGAAAAGGUUAAUUUAGUAUAUGUUCACCUUUUCUUUGGAGGUCGAAUAAGCAUUUGCCAGGAGCGGCUAUAUUACGUGUAAGAAAAAUAUAAGGAUUACUAGGGAAUGACAAAUCUCAAUUAGAAAAGAAAACAAACAAGACGAGAUGUUUUCACUCGGUCUACUCUCUCGAAUGGAUAACGCUGACUCAAUCGAGAUGGAGGAGGAAAUAGAGAAACUCUUUGAAAAUGCAUCAAAACUAAAUGGAAAACCAACAGAAGUAACUCCUUAUCUUUACAUCGGUAAUUAUAAUAACGCUUACGAUACUGCUCUGCUUAAGAAAUUGGGAAUAACACACGUCCUAAAUUGCGCACAACUUCUUCCUGCAAACCCGUAUAAAGGACACGAAGAGUUGACUGGAGUAAGAUUUUACUGCCAGUUCGAGGCUAGAGAUGACAAUUCGUACAACCCUUUACAACAUUCGAAUUUGGUCGCAAAAUUUAUUGAACACGCCCGCGCUGGAAAAGGUAAAGUUUUACUGCAUUGCAUCAGAGGCGUGAAUCGUAGUGUUUGUUUAGCUUUGGCAUACUUAAUGGAGCAUCAAGGUUGGAAUUUAUUGGAAGGAGUUAAAUUUUUAGCUGAAAAACGAGGAAAAUGUCUUGAAAAUAAUAACUUUCGUCAAUGUUUAAUCGAGCUUAAUUCAAAAAUAAGAACAGCGUCACUAUAAAUUCUUCUUUGGAACAGAUUUAUAAACUUACAUAUUAUUAUAUAUCAAUCUUAUGGAUUUACAGUACAACAAUUAGUAUUGGAUUAUUAUACAAUAUAUUUCAAAGGCCUUAAUUUAUUAAACUGUGUAAGGACCAUACGAUCAAGCGAUUAUCCUAACUACGCAUUAAACUAGGCUGCAUACAAAGCAUUUUUUUUGCAGUGGGCAGAAAAAGAAUGCGGUUGAAAGAAGUAUGAUUCCCUCAGUCAAAAUCUAAGAAUAUCCUUAUUUUUGCCCUCCUAAAAAAUUAAAAUAAUGUUCCCUAUACUUCUCUUUCUUUCCGCCAAAUUUAUAUUGGUAUGUUUUGCAACUGUACCAAUCAUAAAUAUUGAUAAAAGUAUGAAUUACUAUCUCGUAUACCGUAUAUUAAUGAUAAAGAAUAAAAUUUUCAUUUUUGCACAA